CGCCGCGUCAUGAAGCAGACUCUGAACGAACUGAUGAGGAUGAGCCGGAUAUGCCGGAUGGUAUUCGCCACUUGUUUGGGAUCCUUUAUUCUGGUCAUCUUUUAUUUCCAAAGUAUGUUCCAACCAGUCAUGCGGAGGAACCCCUUCAUGGUGGACGGCUGCUGUAGGAAAGGGUCCCGCAAUGCCCUGCAGGAGCUCUACAACCCAACGCAGCCGGAGUUGUCCGGUGCAGCCGUGCUCCACCAGGCCCGGCGGGAUCAGGUGGUGGAUGCCUGUAGAGUCUACAGUGCAUCCAGCCGGAAGCGCAGAGUCCUGACACCUGGGGACCUCAAACACCUCGUGGUGGACGAGGACCACGAGCUCAUCUACUGCUACGUCCCCAAGGUGGCCUGCACCAACUGGAAACGCGUCAUGAUGGUGCUGACAGGCCGGGGCAAAUACAGUGACCCAAUGGACAUCCCUUCCAAUGAAGCCCACAUCCCUUCCAACCUGAAGACGCUGAACCAGUACACUAUUGCUGAGAUCAACCACCGCCUCAAGAACUACCUCAAGUUCCUCUUUGUUCGCGAGCCCUUCGAGAGGCUGGUCUCCGCAUACCGCAACAAGUUCACCCUGAAGUACAACUCGUCCUUCCACAAGCGCUUCGGCACCCGUAUCAUCCGCCGCUACCGCAAGAACGCCACGCAGGACGCCCUGCUCAACGGUGCCGAUGUCAAAUUCAAAGAAUUCGCAGAGUACCUGGUGGACCCGGCAACGCAGCGCGACGGCCCGCUCAACGAGCACUGGCAGACCGCCUACCAGCUUUGUCACCCGUGUCACAUCCACUACGACCUGGUGGGCAAGUACGAGACGCUGGAAGAGGACGCUAACUAUGUGUUGCGGCUGGUGGGCGUCGGCGACUCCUUGCGCUUCCCGAGCUAUGCCAAGUCCACCCGCACCACAGAUGCCAUGACGGCCCAGUUCUUCAGCAAUAUCAGCACCCAGCAGCAGAUCCAGCUCUACCAGCUUUACAAGUUGGACUUCCUCAUGUUCAACUACUCCACACCCAGCUACCUCCGGCUGGACUGAUGGAGUGCAGAGCUGGGACUCUGAGAAUGGCUGCCUUGUUUAAGGAGAGGCAACAAAGUGAGUGGAGGGAUUUUUUUGGAGGCAAACUUGAUUUUUUUUUUUUAAACUGUCGUCGUAACUUGCAGGCGUGGGGUCUGAAUUAGACAUAUAAACAGUUGCUGGAAGAGAGAACGGUAAUGCGUGCUUGUCUGGGCAUAAUUGGGAGGAUGUCCAAUCAACUCUGUGUGCUACAGAGAGCGCUGGUUGGGAAUGUGGGCUAAAUGGACCAAAUGCAUGCAAAGACUACAACGUGUGGGUGAAGCAGGUCUUCAAGGUGUUUUAAAAAGGGGAACCUAUCCUUAGAGGACGGAUCUGAAGAGGGAUUCUCCUGAUGAUGUCCCCUACUUGUUUAAACAAACUGAUGACAAAUUAGGCUGCUUCAGAUUCUACAAAGCAAACAGCGGCCUCGCACGCGCCCUGACCCCAAAGCAUCGUGGGAGCUACGCUUAUCUCGCCCUUCCCCCCUGAUCAGUAGAGGAACUCCGUCAAAUUGUAAAACACUGUUCAUUUCCUCGCCGCUCUGUCAGCGCCCGUCAGCACCCGUCACCCUCGACCCACGUCAGAACCAUACAUUUCAGAGGGAAACCGACUCAGCACCGCCACAAGGACACCCUGGUAGAUGGCUCUCAAGACCUCUACAACUGUAACCGUAACGAUAUGGCCUUCAGACGACAGUUUUAACAAAACAAGUUGUCACUGGUCUCUAUAAUUAUAAUGUUGGUAGAGGGGACCUUUUGUGUAACACCUUGAGGACCCUGAGGAAGACGGCGGUGAAGUGCUUAAUAAAUCAUUGCCUGUGACACAGAGCAUCCUUAAGACUUUGAACUACAGGAAGUCGUUAGAAAGGUACGGGGGGUUCUCACAGCGAUUGGGCGAGUGACAAGUCUGCGCAGAAAGUCUGAGCUGAAAGAUAAGAGACAGCCUGUGUGGUUGUGGAAGGGUUAAAGACACUGGAUCUCAUAACCCUGCCCUGCUGUCCCAACCUGGCCCCGCCCAGGGGCUCAGAGGACACACCCACAAAAGCCCCUGCUCAGAUGACCAAACAUGUCUUUCAGUAAAUUAAGAUGACCCUUUUGUUUCUAUGCUUAUCUUUGGUUUGUAUUGUUUUAAUAAGCAUUGCUGCGAGCAGCAAUAACAGAUUAUUUAAUUAGCUUCGUUGGUUAAAGAAAAAUUACUUUUUCUUCAUGUGCCGAUAAAUAUUUUAGAAAAUGUUUUGAAGUUAAUCUGUUGUCAGUGUUCUGUCAUGUUGCUUUCUUUCUUCACAACUUUACGCACUUUUAUUUCUGAAGGUGGCGUGGUAGCUUUGGCUUUGUCCUUCUGUGUCUGAGAUCAUCAGAGAUUUACGAGUUCUUCUUCUCUGUUUCCUGUUGUCAAACAUUUGGUGCCAAAAUGGCUGCGAGAGCUUCAUAGAUCCACACUCAAGUGUGUUCAGUGCACAUUAUUGCCAUUAAGCGAAUUCAUGGUGAGACCCCCCCCCUCACACACACACACACACACACACACACACACACACACACACACACACACACACACCGACUUCAACCACAACACGAGAGCUAGCUGCUACUCUCAGUGUACGUAUCAACAAAUCUACUGCCCGCAUCACAGAAUCAGAGAAUGUAUCUCAUACUGUAAUGUGAUUAAUGUUAGCGAUGCAGAGCAAUGUCAAGGUUAAUACCUGCACUCUCCAUCACGCUGUGGAUUGGAUUACAGGCUGUAAG